AUCGAGAGGAAAAAAGAAGACGAAAAAACCGUUGCGAAUCCGCGCCUACCUUGCAAGUAAAUUUCAACCAUGGCCUCCGCCAAAUCCAUCCUCGACCAAAUCCUCCACCGCUACACCUUGCACCGGGAUUCGCCUACUUCCACAAAGGACAAACUCCACGGCGCCGCCUUCCUCGUCGUUGACAAAUCCGGCCCCAUCUACGCCGGCGCAGCCGGCCACACCUCCCUCCCCAUCAAUGCCUCGACCCCCGCCUUCUCAACCGACUCCUUCCUCUGGGUCGCCUCCCUCACCAAGCUCCUCACCACCAUUUGCCUGAUGCAACUCGUCCAGCAAGGCAAGCUUCAUCUGGAUGAGGACGUCCGUGAAAAGUUGCCGGAACUGACCAAAUGGGGGAUCUUGCGGGGUUUUGAGGAGGAGGAAAAGAAAGGUGAAGAGCAGGGAAAAAAAGCGAUACUGGAAGAGAUCACCAAGCCGAUUACUGCCCGCCAGUUACUUACGCACUCUGUCGGUUUAUCUUAUGACUUGGGUCAUCCGCUGCUGGAGAGGUGGGCGAAAGAAGUCGGCAAAAAGGGGAACACAAACUCGAUGACGGUGGAAGGGUGGACGACUCCCCUUUUGUUUUCCCCCGGCGAAGGGUGGGUAUACGGCACGGGAUUGGAUUGGGCAGGCGUUUUGUUGGAGCGGAUGACGACGACGACGACGACGACGACGCUGGGACGUUACAUGCGCGAGAACAUCUUUGCGCCGUUGGGGAUGGAGUGCUCAACUCUGAAACCGGCUACUGAACUCCUGGAAAACCCGGAAAAGAGAAUCAAAGACAAGCUGGUCCGCAUGGCGCUGAGGGAUGCGAAGACGGGCGAGCUGUCGCUGGGAGAAUUGCCAAUCUCAACAGCGUGGGAUCCCAAGGCGGAGAGCGGGGGUGCAGGGUUGUGGACUACGGCGGAGGAGUAUGGGAAGGUUUUGGCGGCGGUCUUGAGGGCUGCCUCGGGCUCAGAGGAGGGGGAGAGGGAGCUGGGGCUCACGAAGGAGACGGUUGAUCAGAUGUUUAGUCCGCAGUUGAAUGAGAAGGGCCUGGAAAUGAUCAAGGAGAUGGGGAGGGCGUUUCAUGCGGGCAUCAUGCCAGAGUUUCCGGAAGGGUUCGACGCGGUCGAUCAUGGCUUGGGCGGACUGCUGAAUAUGGAGGAUGUGGAGGGCAAGAGGCGGAAGGGAAGUAUGAUGUGGCAUGGAUACUGCAAUUCGCAUUGGUGGAUUGAUCGCGAAACGGGCAUUGGUGCAUGCCUCCUAGUUGAACAGUUUCCCUUUGCCGACCCGGUGGUCAUCCAGCUGUACGACGACCUCGAGCGGGCCGUUUAUGGGGAGCUGGUCCCCGAGUGGAAGAAGAUCACGGCUGCUGUUGUCUAGUUGCCAUGCUAUCCAGAAAUUGGCCGUAUUCUGGUUAUGAGUUACAUCCACAGGGAACCCCGGGUUCCUGGGGAUAAAAUCAGGCGCUUGAGAGUCAAUAGUUGGAAAUGUCUCAAAAUAGGGUUCAAGGAAAAAUGUGAAACCUUUUUUUCAAGUGCAAAAGAACUUUGACCCCAAACACUCGCAGGAUGCUAGAAUACCUUAGAUGAU